UCUUCCCUUCUGGUAAUCUGGUUCUUCCAUGGUUCAAGAAACCAGAGGAGGUUAGCUGUAUCAGCGAUCCAUGCAUAUGGGUUUUCGAUGAAUUCUUCACCUUCGUAAUCAACUGUCCAAUAGAUCUAAUAAUGGAAUGUGGAAGCCCAGAUGUGGGCAAUGAUGAGGAAGAGCAUACUUGUUUGGAUGGAAGUGAAGGAAACCAUGAUGAUGUUUUAGGAGAUAUGGAGAGUAAAAAUAGUGAUGCUGUUAGUAAAUCAAGAGAGGAGGACGUUAUGAAAUCCAAUGCAAAUAAUGAUCUUUGUCCAUGUAUUGGCAUGGAGUUUGAAUCCCAAGAUGAUGCAUAUGCGUUUUAUAAUAGAUAUGCAAUUGAGAUGGGAUUCAGUGCUCGUAAAAGUUCAACUCGUAAAUCCCAGCGUACUAGUGAGAUUAUAGGUCGUUGCUUCUGUUGUUCACUUCAAGGUUACCGAAAUGCUAGUUCUAUAAGACCUGAAGACAGGAAAAAGAUUCGACAAGAAACAAGAACAGGUUGUAAGGCUAUGAUGUCAAUAAGAAGGAAAAAAGGAGGUAGAUGGGUUGUGAGCCAAGUUGUAAAGGAGCAUAACCAUGCUUUGACUUCUCCAAACAAAAGGCAUAAGCUCCGUUCACAUCGAAAAAUAAUUGAAUGGGAAGUACUUGAAAACAUGCGUUCAGAGGGAGUUGGAACAAACCUCUUGAUGAAUUUUCUGGCUCUUGAAAAUGGAGGAAGUUGUAAUGCUAGCUUGCCUAUUGAAGGUGUAAGGAAUUCCUUAAGUACAAGAAGAACAAAAGAACUUCGGAAAGGACAUGUUGCAAUGAUACUUGAUUAUCUUGAACGUCAGCAAAUGGACAAUCCUUCAUUCUUUCAUUCUAUUCAAGUUGAUUCAGACGGUCAAGUAACAAACAUUUUUUGGGCUGAUGCCAGAUCAAGGCUGGACUACUACUACUUGGGGGAUGUAGUAUGUUUUGACCCUACAUAUGGGAUAGACAGGUAUGGAACUCCAUUUGUCCCAAUUGUGGGCAUUAAUCAGCAUUAUCAGACGGUUGUAUUUGGUGGAGUAUUACUUUUUGAUGAAACAGAGGAAUCAUUUGCAUGGGUUCUUGCUACAUUGAUGAAGGCGAUGGGUGGUCAGCAGCCGAAAAUAAUUCUCACAGAUCAAGAAUCAGCCAUUGGAGGAGCAAUAGCACGUAUGUUGCCGAGUACACGUCAUCGGUUUUGUUUAUGGAACAUCAUGCGCAAUGCCACCAAAAUGUUACCACUUACAUUUAAUACUCGUACUGGGUUUGCUCGUGAUUUCAGCAAUUGCUUAUACCAAGGGGAGACGGUUGAAGAGUUUCAGUCCAAUUGGGAAGUUUUGCUUCAGAGAUACGACUUGAGGAGCAAUCAGUGGAUAAUGAAAUUGCAUGAAAAUCAGGAAAGGUGGGCACCAAUUUAUACACGUGAUGUCUUUUGUGCACCCAUGUAUACCACUCAGUGCAUUGAAGGCAUAAAUGCCUACUUUGAUGGGUAUCUAAAAAGACAUACACCUUUAUUUGAAUUUCUGAAGCAGUAUGAUAGGGCUGUCCUAGCUCAGAGAGAGGCAGAAAAUGAUGAAGACUUUGAAAACAACCAGAAAAGGCCAGUUUUGAGGGUUGGAAUGAGUAUUGAAGAAGAGGUAGCUCAAGUUUACACUAGAACAAUUUUACAGAAGUUUCAAGAUGAGUUGGUUCAAGCUCUUAAUUACCAUCACGAAAAAAUUGAGGAGAAUGGGACAAAGAUUACCUAUUGUGUGUGGAAGAGAGAACAUGAGCAAGCAAGACAUACCAUUCUAUUCGAUAGUUCCUGCAACAAUGCUCAUUGUAGUUGCCAGCUGUUUGAAUUUGCAGGCUACUUGUGUAGGCAUAUAUUGAAGAUAUUUGUAGUUGUGGAUGUUCAAAAUCUUCCAUCUCAGUACAUACUAAAAAGGUGGACACGAGAAGCAAAGUCUGGGCCUUCAGUGGCCAACCAGGUUGAGGAAAUACAAGCCAAUUGUCAGGACAGUAUGUCACUUAGAUAUCGUAUUCUUUAUCGCCAAGCAAACAAUAUUGCUGCAAAGGCUUCCAUGACCAAUGAAGUGUACAAGGUGGCAAUCAAUUGUUUACAUGCUACAUUAAAGGAAGUUGAAUGUGCAUUGAAAAAUUUAUCAAUCAGUUCCAGAGAGCUAAUCAAAGAAGUUGAAAGCACAUAUAAUGAUAAUGGUAAACAUGGAAACUUAGGAAAUUGUCUUGGUGGUCAGAAUCCAUUGCUCAAGCCACAUACUACAAAGCAGAAGGGGCGACCAGGAAGAAAGAAAUCUUCAGGUAAACAGCCCAAUGAAAAAACUACCCCUAAGUCUCACAUGCAGGUAACUGAGCAUUCCGUGCGACAAAAUGGGUUGGUAGGUGUGGAAAGUGCAAUACUACAUAGAAACACAAAAGUUGGACAAAAUAUGGAAACCACAGUUAUACUAGCCAAUGAUCAUCUUGAGAGUUCCAUACAAGCAACAGAUGUGAUGAGUGGCCAUCAAAACAGGAAUUUGGUCAGCCCAUAUAUCCUUCCAGGUGGUGGUAGCCAUACGUAUGGUCCAUGUACAAAUAAUCUUGAUUAUGAUCCUUCUAGUCAGGCCUCCUAUAUGGCUGCUGUGCAACAAUCUCCAGUUGUUAUGGUUGGCCAUCAACUUCAUCGUUUGAGUCAGGAGUCCUCGGUAGCUGCACAGCAGAGGCAACCAUUGGUAAUUCCUCGCCAUGACGACAUUGCAUGUAAUGGUUUUUAUGCACAACAGCAUAGUGCUUCUUCGUUCAUUGGGCAUCACCAGUUUGGUCAGGGAACUGUACCUGCUUUUGUAUUGAAUCCGCAUCAACUCCAUGAUAUUAGCAGUAUUGAUCUCAAUGACCCUAGUCAGAAAGGAGAUGGGAGACCAAUGUGAUCUAUGGACGAAGCAUUUGUUGCUUCUGGUACCAGAUAAUGUGAUCGAUGUGCUUCAAUAUGUCUGGGAGAACCUCAAUGGACAUGAUGCAAGACAGAUUAUUAUACUUGAAUUCUAAAUCAAGUAGUUUUGGGUUGCGAUCGUGGGAAGGAAAGCUUACACUACAUUGAACUGUUGGAACUAAACAACAUUGAUAUUUCUGGACCAUGAGAUUCAAGGUUAACAUUUUGGGAGCAGUUAAGCUCAGUUGAUGAGGUUCAAGUACCUUGACACCUUUCAAGAACAUUGUUGCACAAGCAAUUAUACUCUCCAGGACAUCCUUGGGACCAGCCUUCUGUUGUAUAACUGAGCUGUGUGGGGUAUGUAAAACCACCCUCUGCAAUUAGGUAAUGGUGAUGGAAGGUUAGGA